GAAAGGGAACAAUGGGUCUGCAACUGCCUGGAAGAUGAAUGGAAAAGAUUUCCCCCGUCACUGGGUGUGGGGGUCCCCCCGCCCCCCACCCAGAGGGAUGGUAGAAGCGCAGCGCCAGCACUUUGUACCGGGGAUCUGACCGCGGAGUGCACCGGGACCGGGGGGAACAUGCACCCGGGGGCCUGACUGCACUGCAAAGUGGGGGCGUGCAACCGGGCAUCUGACUGCACCGUGAACCGGAUAGCGGGGCAAGCAACCGGGCACCUGACUGCACAGGUCAGCCGGGCGUGCACCGGGCAUCUGACUACAGCGGUCACCGAGGCGUGCAACCGGGCACCUGACUGCACCGUGCACCGGACAGCGGGUCUGCGCCAGCCCAACUUGUGACUGGGAUCCGACGGCCACUUGCUCUAGGACGGGGGAGCCCGCCACCGGAACCAGCACUGGGCCCUUCGAGUCACCUGGGGACGGCCCGCUCGGACUGCAGUCGAGCUGUGCCUGGCGGAGCAGGCGGCAGCUGUUGCCUGGCCCCGGGGUAGGAGCGCAGGCUGGAGGCGGAGCCGGGCGCUGGAGCGCAUGGAGCCUGGGGCGCCGCUCGCUCCAUGUGGCUGUUCCUGCCGCUGCUGCUGUGUUGGGGCCGCGCUGGCGGCGGCGCCCCGGGGGAGCCCUGCUGGGAAGCGCUGCUCCGCUGCCAGGACGAGCCGGACUGCGGCUCCGCCUAUAGCCAGUCGCAGGCGGCCUGCGAGCCGGUGCUGGCCGGAGCCGGAGGAGGGGAGCCCCCCGGCGGCUGCCCCAGCCACUGCAUCGGGGCGCUGGUGCGGCUGAACCGCAGCCGGAGCGGCCCGGCCCUGGAGCGCUGCGAGUGCGGGCAGGACGCGCGCUGCCGCCGGCUGAAGGCGGCCAUCGAGCCGUGCCUGCCCCGGCCCUCCCGCAGCGGCCUGGGCUGCACGGCCGCCCGCUUCCGCUGUCAGCAGGAGCCCGCCUGCCGGGAGCCGCUGGACGCCUACUUGGCCCGCUGCGGGCAGCUCUUCAACGGGCGGCGCUGCACGGCCGCCUGCCGGGCCGCCAUGGGGCAGCUGCUGGCCGCGCCGGGGGGCCCCGCGCUGGAGCGCUGCGUUUGCGACGGGCCCGAGCGCCCCUUCUGCCAGGUGCUCAAGGCCAACAUGGGCCGCCUGUGCUCCGGGCCGCCCGCCGAGCCGGGCCCGGAUGAGGACUACCGGGACGAGGAGCGGCUCCUGCGGGAAGAGGACGAGGGGCCGGGCGCGGGCGGCGCCUGGGUGCGCUCCGGGAGCCGCUCUCGGGACGCGCCGGCCUGGCGCGCCCUGGCACUGGGGGCCCUGCCGCUGGGGCUCCGGCUCCUCUCCUGGCCCUAGGCCGGGCUGCUCGGAGCCUGGCCCGGGGCUGACUCAGGGGGGGUCGAAGCGAGCUGGUGAGCAGCACCACGCGGAGGGGCCCCCUAGCGUUGGAGGUGGCUGCCAUGAGCUGGAGCAGGGGUCCCGGCUGACACUCAGGGUCGCUAGCCACCCGGAGGGCCCCGUUUAGAGGCGCCUUUCCCGGCACUGGGACUCUGGGUGCUUGUCCAGCAUUUCUCCACGGGCUGAGGUUUCCAUAGGGGUAGAGGUGGCUGGAGGGGCCGAGAUGCCUUUUCCUUGGACCCCGGAAACAUCAUUUUCUCUUUCACCGGAGGAGAGAUGCGGCAGGUGACUAGAGCCUACCAGGGGAGCCCAGCCAGGGACUGAGUCUGUUCUCUAUAUACUGCUCACCCUAAAUUCUCAGUUCCAGGGGAAGAGCUAGUUUGAGGGACACUAGAGGGAUCAGAAAAUGCUGUAAUCCCCAUUCUUGCUCUUGUGUGUGGUUCAUACCUGUGGACAUAGGUAUUCACCCAGAGGGGAGCUCUCCAUUCCAAACACUAGGGCUAACAGAAGCCAGGAAAUCUUCAAACAUCUGGUUACAAAGCAUUGAAUUGAGGAUGGCCCCACACUGUCCCAGCUGUUCAGGGCUCAUGAGUCAGGCUCCAAGAAAUUGAGACUGGCUAGAAAAAAUUGUGAGAUUUAAAAAACUAGGAGUUAUUUUUCUUUGCCUUUGGGUUUUGAGCCUUUCGAGGGUCGUGUUUUUACACCCAGCCACAAGGGCAAGACAUUUCCUUCAUUAAAGAAAUGAAAGUUUGGAGUCUUAUGUGAUGACAGAUUUAAGUACAGCGCAAGACUUGCAAUAGUUUUGCAAUGAGUUGGCAAUACUGUGUUGGGAAGAGAGGGUCUUGUCUAAUGCUUAGAGCAGAAGAUGAGGAAUCUGGAUGCUUGGAUUCUAUUUCUAGCAUUUCACUGGGUGAACUUAAGCAAAAUUACAUAAAUUGCACACCAAGAUUGAGAGUGGCUUUCAAAGCACAUGGCAGCAAAACAGAGUUAGCAGAGGCACAUUUUCCAGGCACAGGUUUGCAGUGUCCAUAAGGCCCGGCCCUCUCUCUCUGCCUUAGUUUACCCCAUCUGUGAAAUGGGUUUAAUAAUAAUAAUUCCUAUCUCACAGAAGUAUUGGCAGAAUGAACCAAAAUAAUUGACAAAGCCCUGGCUGAGAUGAUUUAGUUGAGAUUGGUCCUGCUUUGAGCAGGAGGUUGGACUAGAUGGCCUCCUGAGGUCCCUUCCAACCCUAAUCUUCUAUGAUUCUAAUUACCUGGUUGAUCCCCACUAGCAGCCUAUGGCAAACAUGCUCUCGCAACCUCCUAGUUGCUGGGACCUACAGGGCAUGGCAUGAAGGGAGCUGAAAGCCCAUCAGUGGUGGGCAGCCCCUGACCCCUGUUUGGCCAUCACAGACCUAGGGAAAUAGGGGAAAGAGGAAUCCAAUAGCCCAGGGUGAAUGUGAGCGCCCUUUUGCCAUCCAAGCUGAGCACUUCACUUCUUAUUCCCUCCUGCUCCCUAUAGUCCAUAGCCAGGAAACUUAUCGGUAUAAAUUAAUUUUAGCAGAAUUUUUAUAACCCUGACAAUAACUACAGUGAUCAUGCCAAGGCCUGCAGGUCUAUGUAGUAAACCUAGUCUCUGGUACCGUACACCCCCGUGCAAGCCCACUGGGAUUGCUUUCUCUCUGUAGCAUGCUUCUUCCUUGUAGGCCUGAGCUUUCCAAUGACUUCAGAUUGGACCCUGGGUGUACAAGUGAUACUCUCCUGUGGCUCACAUCCUGAUGUGCCAGAACAGGGACAUCCAGACAUGCGGACCCCCAAGUAUGCUGGGAAGUCUUAGGGUUACACCUAACAUCUGUAUAAGCUCACAAUUUGUUUUAACUAAAAACCAAAUGCAGUGAGUCUCAGAGCCUGGGUCAGUUGACUGAGGUUCGCAGGGCUCGGCUGUGGGGCUCAAAAUAGCAGUGUAGACCUUUGGGCUCGGGGUGGAGCCCAUGCUCUGAGACCUACCUGCGCUCACAGGCUCUUAGAGCCCAAAUGUCUACACUGCAAUCUUCAGUCCCACAGACCAAGCCCUGGGAGCCCAAGUCAGCUGACCCAGGCCAGGCCCAGCCAUCUGGUGGGGCUUUUAGUGCAGUGUAGACGUAUCCAUAGCCUCUAGAGCAUGCCAUAGGGUUGAGCUGGUCCAAGGGUCACCCUCUGGUUACUCAUGUUUUGGAGCUACUUAAAAAAACAUUUGCCCUCUCUUCUAGGUGCUCCAUUGCUUUUAAUGCAUGCAAAGCCGCAGAUCCUCAACUGCAACCAGACUUUGGCUAACCAUUGUGAAUAUGUAUAUUGCUUGGAACUUCUUUUCCUGCACACAUAUUUUGUACAGAAAGUAGGGGGCUAACCUGAGGUUAUUUAAAUUGUAAAAUAAGCAUAACCCUGUCACUGUAAAAUCUUUACUUUUUUCUAAUUCAUCAUUAGAACAUGUAUUUUUGGUACAAUUUCGAUAAAAGUUUUUGACAAAGUUACAAUAUUGGCUUGGGUAUCUUGAAUCUCCUUAGAAUUCUUCUGGAGCUGUGGGAGCGGGGAGUGGACACAGAUUAAUUGCAGGUGCCCAAGACUGGCUUUUUUUUUUAAGGGGUUCCCCUGGCAAAGUUAUUCUUGGAGGCUGACAGCAAAUGUGGGCUGG